AUGGACGCUCCAAGAGAUGAACAGCGUGGUGUGGUCAGGUUUUUGACUGCUGAAGGUGUUUCCCAACACGAAAUUAGUCGCCGUAUGGCUGCCGUGUACGGUGAACAUUGCAUUUCAUUGGCCACUGUGAAGCGUUGGUGCAAACGGUUCAAAGAAGGACGUGAAAGUUGCAAAGACGAUCCAAGACCGGGCCAAAGCCACCGUGCAAUCACCCCCAACACAAUUGCACAGGUUGAUGAGCUGAUUAGACAAGAACGGAGGAUAAGCAUCGAUGAACUGGCAGAGCAUGUGAACAUCAGUCACGGUUCGGUUCACACCAUAAUUCAUGACCAUCUCGGUUAUCGGCUCUUGUGUGCUGAAUGGAUGCCCAAGAUUUUGAACGACCGCCAGAAGACAGAGAGGUUCGGCGCUGCCUUGACUCAUCUGAUCCGGUAUCACAAUGAGGGUAACGACUUCUUGACUGCAAUUGUGACAGGGGACGAAUCAUGGUGCCACCACUACGAGCCUGAAACACGCCGGCAGAGCUUACAGUGGAAACAUUUGAAUUCGCCACCCCCAAAGAAAGCAAAGGCCGUCAUCUCCGCAGGUAAGUCGAACUCGGUAUGGGACCGAUCUCCGCUGGCCACCCUAACGUUCCCAGAAUCGAACGCAUGCCGGUCCACCCACAUACAGGCUGGAAGCAAAGGAACAAUGGAUGACCACAGGUCAGAGCUUCCUCCUCUUCAUUCCAUUGACGCUAUUCUAGGACUUAGAACGUGGAGGAAGAAGAAACGUUCCGCAUCACCUCCGCCCCCCAGUAAAUCACCAUGUGAUGUUCUUGAAGGGGAAGCUAACCAUACCCAUCCAAAAAUAUUUCGACCGGUUGAAGAUAUUGAUGAUCACACUAGAGAAAAUUCAGGUAGUCCAGACGAUCAUCAGCAUACUUCCCUGCAGACAGACCACUCCGGCAGCAGCAGCAAACCGGACCCGGACAGUGGGUCCGAGGAGGGACAGAAGAAGAAGCACCGAAGAAACAGAACCACCUUCACCACCUACCAGUUGCACGAACUCGAGAGGGCAUUCGAGAAGUCGCACUACCCCGAUGUUUAUAGCAGGGAAGAACUGGCUAUGAAGGUUAAUCUACCCGAAGUUCGCGUGCAGGUUUGGUUCCAGAAUCGAAGAGCCAAAUGGCGGCGUCAGGAGAAACUAGAAAGCCAGAAUGCCCUUCGCACUUUGGGACAUGUAACUGGAGACUUCCAACCCGGAGGAGGAAGACCCCAGUCUCCCAUCAGUAGUCUAGCAAAUGCACUUGGUUCCUGUUCCCCACCAACAUCGGCAGUGACUCCAUCAGGUCCCUCACAGCUGUCCUUGGACCCUUGGGGCAUCACAGGACCCCUUCUUGGAUCCUCUCUAGCAGCCGGAUUACCCGGAUUCCUAAACAGGCAUCCAUCUGUCUAUCCCAGUUACCUGACACCAGCUGCACCAACUCCUGCACUGUCCGUUCCUUGUUCCAUGGCAGAGCUGGCGUCCGGGACACCAUCUGGACCUUUAGACCAUCCUGGUCCGGUUAACCUUUCCCUAGGUCCUCCAGAUAGCAAGCCGGACGAAACUGGACUCGAUCCAAGGAGCUCUAGCAUCGUAUCAUUGAGGAUGAAGGCCAAAGAACAUGUCGAAUAUCUUCAUAAAGGAUUAGUCAUAAUGUGA